AUGGUUGAAGGAACUGGACAGCCGACAUAUAGUGAUCCGGAUGCCACAUUUCGAUGGCUUAGCAAUUAUUUCGACGAUGAAAGGUAUUCUCUUGUCAGCCAAAUCUGGUCGGGGCACACAAAUUACUUGAUUGCAAAUUCAACCAGACUCAAAGUGGUGAAUCGAGAUUAUUGUAUGAUUCGGCCUGUUGGAAGAAAGGUAUGGCAUACUCCAAUUCAAAGUGUUAGGAAUGGCUGCACUCUGGAUAUCUUCUACUCUGAUGCAGUAAUAGUGGAUCAAAAUGCUUUCACUGUUCACGACGAUAUAUACAACUCGGAUCAAAGCACUUUUGAUCAGUUUCAAGGCUUUUCUCGAAGUCAUAUUCAGAGACUCAUGAACCAAAAAUACAACAUCCUAUAUUCCUCCGAGCGGCAAUCUUCAAGAAUGGAUUGGAUUCCAACAGCAAGACAGUAUAAUGUUGAGGUGAAGCCUGACAAGUGGGAGAUUCGGGUUGCUUUCUUCUUUGGUGAGAAUUUUGAUGCAUCACAGAUUUGUGCCGACACAAGGAGACGGAGAAGAAAUAUGGUAAAUCGUGAGGAGAAAGAGGUCCCAAUUCAAAGGAUACUGGGAGAAAAGUACUUGAAGUUAUUUCAAGCACGCUGGUCUACUGAAUUACUAGAAAAUACUAAGACGAAGGUGGACAUAUUGGGUAAUCCGAAUUACUCAUCAAAGCCUGCAUUUCUUGACCACCCUGAGGCUUUGCGAGGAAGGAAGCGGAAAAGUAAAUUACGACAGUCGCUGAGCCAGAUUCCAGACAGAAGUCCAAGUCAACUUUCAUCCAGUUUUCCCGAAGGCUCUCAAUUAUUAUCUUCGAAAGUUGACUUCCUGGAUUUGCCUGCUAAUCCGAUUUCCUUUGGCCGAGGUAGGCUAAAGAGACGGGAGCGUCGAAAGAAUGGUAACACUUGCGGAAAACUCGAGGAUAAAAGAAGAGUUAACGAACCAAGAAUACUCACAAUUGGCGAAACUUCAAAUGACAGUCUUGACUCGAACUCCACCAAGUACCAGUAUCCAGAUGGUGCUAAAGCAUCUGGGCUUCGAAUCACGAUCAGAAACUUGUCAACUACAUCUGAAGACGUCAAGAAAGUCUCAUAUCGAGUUUUUUCAUAUUGUCAACUUUGUGAUCAGCACUUAAAGAAUGAUUAUCAAUCAGGAAACAAUGCAAGUUACAGUCCUGCCUCUCUAGAUCCAAACAUAACUGUCGGAGGUCAAGAUUUCUCUUUGUACGACAAGGCAACAGAGAUUGUCCUGAGUCGUCCAAAUUUAUUAAAGCAGUGUAGCAACCAUGAUGUUUACAUCUGCGAGUUACGGGAUGAAAGUAGUAUCUUGGAUGAAAAUCAGAAUCAAAAGUCCUUGCACAAAAGAAUUGGUGUAAUCGAAGCCGAAAUUUUCAAAAUUUUGCCUACCGAUCUUAGGUUGAGGGAAAACUUCAGUCAAUGUAAGGAUGACGACAGUGGUUCUGUUCACCUUCCUGAUCAAUAUUGGCCGAAGUUCUCGAUGCUUAUUGAGAAAUCUUGGAACGUUGGCGGAUAUCGAAAUUUACCUCAUUCCUCGAGCUAUUACUCAACUCAUAAUUCCAAGUUGGUCAUUCCUCACUAUAGGACUAAACAUGGCUAUUUAGAUCCUGAUAAUUUCUCUUCGGACUUGUAUCUAAAUAGAUUCAAUCCUAUAGAUUCCUGUAAUUUACCUUCAGAUUUGAUGGAAAAGUGUUGGAGAAGCGGUUGGACUUUUAACUCAUGGGGCUCAAUCAUGAUUCAAUGUGAUUGCCCCGAGUCGCAAGAUUACCAACACGAUGUGAAGUUUCAUGAGAUGGUGGUCGUUGAUUAUGUCAAUAAACACUGGAUCAAGGGGCCAUCUGACGGCUGCGUGUGUAACCCCAGGCACGAAGAUCUGGCAAAAAAGAGAUAUGAGGUUGGUUAUACGGGCGUAGCGUGGUGGCUUUGA